AAGACGUGUGUCGAUUUCUUAUAUUUUCAGAUAUAAACAGGAUGCGGAAGAAGGUUUUGAUUUUGACUUUCUGGGCGGUGUUGAUCUCGGCCGAGGCGAGGUAUUACAACAUGGCAUACGCAGGGUUUAGAGUGAACGACCCUACGACUGAAGAACCUCCGCAGGGCGAUGAUCAAAAAGACAGAAUGGGUGUUUUGUACAGAGAUCCAACGAUCUAUCAGCCAUCCUAUUACCACCAUAAGGAGGUGCAGCCGAUCGAAGAAAGUGCCGAAAUCGAGACGUACCCUUUGAGCACCUACUCGCACGCCGAGACGUAUCAGGCCCCCGCGCCUCCGAUGCCGCCGACCCCGCCGCCUCCGACGGCCGCACCAGCCGCCCCCGAGGAAAAGCGCCAACAGCCCUACAGUUAUUACUACAUCGGCCGCAAAUUGUGGUACGUCCCGUUGUACUUCAGCCUGUACUUCGUCAUCUACGUGGCCGCCCUGAUCAUCAGGGCCAUCUCCAGACACAAGGUCACCUUCCCAGACCGCUUGCCCACGCCGUCCAGCAGGUCUCUCGGUGACGACCAAAGCACGGAGAACAGCCUCAACGAGAAGACCGCCGAUAUUAACCAGAUAUUGGAAGAUAUGCUUUUGAAGUACAUGUGAAAGAUAUUGAGAUUUUUUUAUUUAUAAAAAUGGUUGUGGGGGAAGAUGAAGAGGGUAAUUAAAUUUUCUGUCGAAUGAAUGUUUCAAAAAACUGGAUAUUAUAUGGUGCCAACUCAUUUGAGAUUAAAUUAUUGAAGAAAAAAUGUAGACGUGUAAAUGAAAAUGUUAAAUUUUGAGCUCUGGUCAUUGUGUAUCAGAUUUUAAAAAUUUAUUACGCUGUGAUCAUCGUUUCAAAAUAAAAAGAAUAAAUAAAGA